AUGCCUUCCCCAGCCACGGUCAAGGAUGUACAAAGACUGAAUGGCCGGUUGGAAGCCUUGGGAAGAUUCAUCGCCCGAUCCUCUGACAAAUGCAAAGACUUUUUCAACACCUUAACGAAGGGUGAAAAGUUUUCUUGGACUAGUGUUUGUGAGGAAGCCUUUCAAAAAAUUAAGGAACAUCUGGAAACCUUGCCAUUCCUCCAAAAGCCUAACCUAAGUGAAAACCUCUACAUCUACCUAUCGUCAACCAAUACUUCGAUUAGUGCAGUGCUCACUCACAUAGAUGCAGAUGCGGAACAACCAAUUUAUUUCAUCAGCAAAACUUUGACGUCAGCUGAGAAAAACUAUUCACAUAUCGAGAAGAUAGUGCUAUCUCUGGUCUACGCAACACAGAAGCUGCGCACUUAUUUUCAUGCGCACACUGUAAUAGUCAUCACUAAAGCCCCCAUAGAGUCCGUGUUAGACCAUGCCGAUAAAGCAGGUAGAAUCUCCAAAUGGGGGGUCAAAAUCAAACAAUUCGGUGUCAAAUACCAAGCCCAGAAAGCAAUUAAGACCCAGGCGGUCGCAGAUUUCUUAGCGGAUUUCCCGAUGGACGAUACUGAUAAGAUUGAAGAAAUCCCGGGGAUGGAAGAUGAGUUAGAGGAUCCUCCCGAACUACUUUUCUCCGAAGACCCCAACCGAUGGGAAGUCUUCGUUGAUGGGUCGUGUAACUCGGAUGGAUCAGGCGAUUCACAACUCAUUAUCCGGCAGAUAGGUGGAACGUACCAAGCCUCGGAUCCAUGUUUGCAGCGAUACCUUCAACUCGCUAAUCACUAUAUUGAGCAGAUACCAAACAUCACGUUCCGCCACUUAAAUCGAAUCAACAACAGAUAUGUUGAUGCCGUAGCAUUCAUAGCUUCUAUGACAGUUAGCCCUGAAGCUACCAAUGUCAGAACUGAAAUGGUUCUACUCCCCCUCAUCCCAUUGGAAGGAAACAUGAACAUCCUCGCUGUCGAUUCAGUAGCCCAGGAGGAAAGACUGCCAGAGGAUGACUGGAGGACGCCCAUCAUCAUGUAUCUAACUAACGGAUACCUCCCCAGCGAUCAAUUAAUCGCAAACAAGAUAAUAUCAAGGUCUGGGAACUACCAACUCCGGGAUGGCGUGUUAUACAAACAAUCUUACCUUGGGCAUCUCCUCAGAUGUCUCUCAUUUGCGGAAGAACAAACCAUACUAAAAGAAAUAGAAUAUGGUUACGCAGGAAACCAUAGUGGAGGACGAUCCCUCGCUCAUAAAGCAAGACUACAGGGGUAUUUUUGGCCUCGCAUGAACGAGGACUCGAAACAAAUGGCAAAAAUUUGCAUAGAGUGCCAAAAAUUUGGAAAAAGAAGACAUGCACCUUCAAUGGACUUAAAGUCCGUCCUAAGUCCUUGGCCAUUCGCCAAAUGGGGGGUGGAUAUUGUCGGACCCCUAAGAGUCGGUACUGGACAAAGGAAGUAUUUAAUCAUGGCCACAGACUACUUCACUAAAUGGGUGAAGGCCUCGGCUUUAAGACACAUAAGAGACCAUGAUGUCUUUAAAUUUCUCUUCGAGCAUAUUAUAUGCCGCUUCGGUAUUCUGGCCGCCAUUGUAUCUGAUAAUGGGGCGCAAAUCUGA